AUCAAGUGUGCAGUGAAAAUUUGAAGUGAACAGUAACCCCUCCCUUCACAUAAUAACCCCUCCCACUGCCCCGCCCCCGGUCUGGAGGAACACCAGAAUAACCAGCUGACUGUCACAACCUGACAGCUGUCCAGAGAGAGAGAGAGAUUGUGUACAGCUCAGGAGAAUAUGACACGCCUCAUGUGCACAUGUGACAUUUAACAUGAGGAAUGCUGACACACAGAGAGAGAUCUUUCUGCUCAGCACUGAAACACAGAACACACAUCUACAGUCUCUUCACAGGUGCUGAUGUCUGAUAAUCGUCCUCAUGUCUCCAGAUCAGAUUCUAAUGAUGAAGAUCAGAUGAUGGAAUAUUUGACACAUCAGCUGCUCUUCCUUCAGGACAAAGCCAUGCUGCAUGCAUCAGUACGGGAAGAGAAGAAGCUGCUGGUUGAAAAUGGCAAACUGAAGAAGGACAUUGAAGACCUGAAGAAAGUCCUGCAGGACACACAGAAGAGGAAAGCAGUAAAGCUGCGUCAGGAGAGAGUUCUCAAAGCAACAAUCACAUCAAAAACACAACUGCUGCAAGAAAGUGCCCCCCCGCCACAAACUGCCCCGUCUGCCCGUUCCUCGACAACACCUCGAGUGUCAGAGAGUCAAACACGUCAUGACAGGAGACGCGGGAGAGGCAGGAGAGGGGCGGCUGUGAACCCUGAGCUUCUCAACACUUCUCAAUCUGCAAACCUUCUCAUGAGAGAACAGAAACCUGACGUGUCCCGGCUGGAUCUGCGGGUCGGUCGGGUUCUGACAGUCCGGAAUCAUCCAGACUCGACAUCAUUGGUCAUUCAGGAGGUGGAGUUAGGAGAACCCGCCCCCAGAACUGUAGUCAGCGUUCAGUGCAGUCACAUGACCCCAGAACAGUUGGUUGGCUCUCUCGUGGUGUUGUUGUGUAAUGUGCGGUCAAUGAAGGUGCGAGGGGUUCAGUCACAAGCCCGCCUCCUCUUUGCUGUCAAUCAAGAGAGUACAGAACCCUUAACCCCGCCCACUGGAGCUCAGCCCGGUGACAGAAUCACUGUCCAGAAUUACCCCGGUGUUCCUGAGAAAGAGCUGAAUCCCAAAUGCAGAAUCUGGGAGCAUUUACUCCCUGACCUGAACACGGAUGCAAAGGGAGUGGCGACAUACAAGGGCGUGGCCUUUGAAGUCCCCGGGAAGGGCCUCUGUCGGGCCCCCGGCGUCAGAAACGUCCAUGCAUGGUCAUGUCCGGAACGGGUGUGUCUCUGACUUCAAGUGGGCGUGGCUGCAGGUGUGGGCGGGGUUUAUAGGCCAUCGGUAAACUGUUUGAUGUCAGAUCCG